UAGCUCCUUUAAUAGAGCUAACAUUCGAGGAUUAAAUACAAUUGCGCUACGCAGAGAAGAUAAGAGCCGAUGGGAACGUAGAGUUGCUUUAAUACCUGAUGAUGUUUCGAAAUUAAUCAAAGAAACUGGUGUGAAAGUAUAUGUGCAGCCGUGUAAUAAACGUGUUUUCAAUGAUGAGAAAUAUCUGAAAGCUGGUGCGAUAGUUCAAGAAGAUAUUUCAGAUGCUGAUAUCAUCAUGGGAAUCAAAGAAAUUCCGAUCAAAAAUUUAAUUCCAAAUAAAACCCAUGUUUUCUUUUCUCACACGCACAAAGGACAGAAAUAUAAUAUGCCAAUGUUACAAGAAAUUCUCGAUAAGAAAGUACGAUUAAUUGAUUAUGAAUUAAUGACGAACGAAAAUAAGAAGCGUCUGGUGUUAUUUGGAAUUCACGCCGGUUACGCAGGGAUGAUCGACGGACUUCACGGAUUGGGACUACGACUUCUGGGAAUGGGUUAUAAUACGCCAUUCAUGCAUGUCUCUAUGUCUCAUUCGUACAAAUCCCUCGAUGAUGCAAAUUCGUCGAUUAAAAGAGUAAGCGAAUCAAUUGUUGAUGAAGGAUUGCCUAAAAGUUUUGGUCCGAUGACGUUUGUAUUUACAGGGACCGGAAACGUUUCCAACGGGGCACAAGUGAUAUUCAAAAAUUUGCCUCAUGAGUACGUCAAAGUUAAAGAUUUAAAAGAAUGCACCUUAGCGUCGCAUAAUUAUGGAAACAAGAAAGUUUAUGGUUGUCAGGUUGAGCUACAUGACUAUCUUAUUCAUAAAAAUAAAGGAACUUUCGUAUCAAAAAGUGAUUACUAUGCCAAUCCUAAUCAAUACGUAUCUGAAUUUCACACGAAGAUUGCCCCAUACACUACCAUGCUUAUUCAUGGAUCUUAUUGGGAUUCACGAUAUCCGAGAUUGUUAACUAAUGAACACUUGAAAGCGAUUCAAAUGGACCCAAAUAACAAAUAUAGAUUCUUAGCUGUUGCCGAUAUUAGCUGUGAUAUAAAAGGCGCGUUGGAAUUUCUUUCUCAUUCAACCACGAUUGAUGAUCCAUUCUAUUAUGUGGAUCUGGUUAAUAACAAGGAACAUAAAAAUGAUGAAGGAAAAGGAACGCAAAUCAUGGCAGUUGAUAUUCUCCCUACAGAAAUUCCAUUUGAAAGCAGCAAACAUUUCAGUAAAUCUCUUUAUCCACUAAUGAGCGAUUUGAUCGAUGGAAAAUUUGAUCAAAAUCCCGUACUUGCAGGAGCCACUAUCGCUAAAGAUGGAGAAUUAACGGAAUCACACCAAAAAUUAUAUGACUUAUUACCGAAAAAUAAUCAUACAAAUUCGUCUCAAACUUCUGAUUCUCGUAAAGUUAGAAGGAAAAAAAUCUUAUUGUUGGGGAGUGGAUUUGUAUCUAAACCUUUUGUAGAUUAUUUGGGAAAGAAGAAGAAUUUAUCAUUAACAAUCGCUAGUAAUAUCAAAGCUGAGGCCAUUGCUCUAACACGCGGAAAUCAAGAUAUUCAAGUUGUCAAUUUAGACGUAAAUAGAAUAGAAGCCUUAUCAAGAUUAAUUCAAAGUGCCGAUGUUGUCAUUAGUUUUAUACCAGCACCUUUACAUCCAAUCGUUGCAGAGACAUGUAUCGCUCAUAAGAAACAUAUGGUUACAGCUAGUUAUAUAUCGCCCGCAAUGAAGGCACUUGAUGAAAGAGCGAAACAAGCUGGAAUAACUAUUCUUAACGAGAUUGGUCUAGAUCCGGGGAUCGAUCAUUUAUCUGCCAUGAAAAUUAUCGACGAAGUUAAAGCUGAAGGUGGGUUACCGGCUCCGGAAGCUUCAAAUGUUCCACUCGGUUAUAAAUUUAGUUGGUCACCAAGAGGCGUUCUUACAGCAGCAUUAAACGAUGCAAAAUUUUGGAUGAAUGGAAAACAUCAAGAAAUUUCGGGAAGGGAUUUAUUAAAAUAUCAUUUUCCAACAGUGCCUAUCUACCCCGGAUUUGCAUUUGAAGGACUUGCGAAUAGAGAUUCUUUAUCAUAUAUUAAUACUUAUGGAUUAGCCCCUUUAACUUCAAGGAUAUCAGCAAUUGCUGACAAACUGAAUUUACCUAAAAAUCAUGAAAUGGUUGAAAAAGUUGUAGAUGUUCUAAAAUGGUUUUCUUUGAUGCCUGAUUCAAGUACACCAUUAAAUCACUCAUGUAUACCAUCUAUGAAUAAUUUGACGUCGUUUGACGUGUUUUGUUCAUUACUUCAACAAAAUUUAAAAUAUAAUCCUGGAGAGAGAGAUUUGCAAACCAAAAUAUCUACAUUAAUAAGUUAUGGAUCCUUUGAUACGUAUACGGCCAUGGCAAAAACUGUCGGAUUACCCGCAGCUAUAGCAACUGAAAUGAUUGCAAGAGGAGAGAUUAAGGAUACUGGCGUUUUAGCGCCAACCUUGUCACAUAUUUAUAAUCCUAUUUUACAAAAAUUAGAUGAUGAAGGCAUUAAAAUUGUAGAGAAUGUAAUUAAUAGAGGAAUGAAUGAAAGUCUAAAUUGGAACGGGAGUGGAAUUUGGAAUUAA